AUGGACUUUAGCCCCACAUCUAAUGGGUGCACCAAGGGCAUCAGAUGUACCGCUGAUAUUAAUGGGCAGUGUCCUAACCAACUGAGGGCUCAAGGGGGCUGCAACAACCCUUGCACUGUGUUCAGGACUGAUCAAUAUUGCUGCAAUUCUGGGAGCUGUGGCCCAACAGACUUGUCUAGGUUUUUUAAGGAUCGGUGCCCGAGUGCUUAUAGCUACCUGAAGGAUGAUCCAACGAGCACAUUUACAUGCCCUGGCGGGACCAACUAUAGGGUUGUGUUCUGCCCAUGA